AUGCCUUCUUUUUUCCCUCUCAAGGACACCCGCACGAUCAUGUGUGAGGCAGGGACAGUUAUCGACAUUGGAGGUGGCCGUCUGGAACGAUCACUUAAGGAGUUAACAGAAUAUCAAUUCCUGGGCUCAAACGAUGGGAAUCCCCGCGACCUGCCAACAGGACUGUUCUAUAACACUAGGGGGUUGCAGAUUUGGGGCGACAUCACCCGUUUGCCAGAGUACCGCCAGACCCAGGAUGAAAUAGACCUUCUGAACUUGUUCAAAGGCCAGGUAGCAGACUGGAUAGUUGAGGGAUGCACGAUCAUUGACAUGGGUAGCGGGGACACUCGGAAGGUACUGCCUCUCCUAGAACACCUUGAGCAGCUGAGGGUGGAGGUGCAAUAUUUUGCUCUUGAUCUUUCCAAGCAGGCAUUGGAAAAGACAAUGAAGCAGCUUGUCCCCGAAUUCCAUUAUGUCCGAUGCUUUGGUCUUUGGGGCGCCUUCAGCGACGGUCUGAAUUGGUUAAGGGCUGUCAAGUCUCCCAAACUCAUCCUUUCCCUGGGGUCCAUGUUCGGGAACGACGAGUUUUCUCUCGCAGUCUCUAGGCUAGAAGAGUGGAAACAGGUCAUGGGCCCCGGCGAUCUCAUGUUGCUAGGGUUGGACGCCUGCCAAUACCUUCCAGAACUGUGGAACUCGUACCACGAUCCUGACCGAGUUUGGGACAGCUUCAUUAAAAACGGGCUAGAAUACUCAAACGAGGUUUUGGGGUGUGAAUGGUAUAGAGAAGAAGACUGGGAGAUUUCUGGCCGCAUCGAUAGAUCGCCGGACACUGUCCACCGGUUUUCCAUCAUCGCUCGGCGGGACGUACACUGCCACCCGCUUGGCAUGCACUUCUCCGCGGGCGAGCGUGUCGACUUUUUCGAGGCGUGGAAGUACGGGCCAGAGAGGAUGCGAAGCCAGUUCAAGCUGGCCGGCUUCGACGAGGUAGAGAGGUGGCAGGCCCCCGGCAGCCGCCCGUUCUGUACGUGA